UUCUGCAUUUAUCAGAGUGCCACCAGGUAGCCUUUUUUCAGAUGUGUCCAUGUAAACAGGAUGAUUAGGGGAAUCGUUCUUCAAGCAAAGCAAUAACUACUAUAUGGAUCUAACUAUCCACAAUAAUCGCAUUAUUGUGUGCAUGUAACCGUACUCAAUGAGAGUUUAUUUUCCUGUGCCAGGUAGCCUAUUCUCCCUCACAGACUCCACCCCGUUGUUAUUUCAGCAUAUACUGUAUAGUUCUUUACCGACGGAGCAGUCGUUAGAAAACUAUCUAACAUAUGAGCGAGCAACUCAACACCGAAUACCGACUAUACUGAUGACCAAAUUAAUUAUUUCCAGAUCAGAAUUUGUUUAGACGAGAAACACGCACAUUGCGCUCUCGGUUGGAAACCUUGGAACUUUUAUAUUGCCUUCCGAGUUUCGACAAUGAGUUUCGGGGCUCAAGAUAAAGUCUUUCUGUCUGCUUUGCAGCCCAAUACCGCGGUCAGUACUUACGCGAUCCCGUCCGAGAUCCAACUCGAGGGGAAAGGGGGCAACCUGUCGGAUGAGAUGACCCGGGCCAAGCGGGUCCAGCAGCAGGUUGCUAUGCGUCUCGCCGAGAAAACCUCGACGCUUUCACGACAGAACGGCUCAGCCACACACUAUACCUCCUCAGAACACGGCGGUUCUUCAACAAUGAAGUACCAGACCUUCAACCCAGGGUUCAGCUCUAAGUCCUACGUCUACACAGCCUCCAGACCUGUCAUGGCACCCAGGAUGUCUCACUACUCUGGUGGUUUCUCCUCCCGCUCGGCGAUGGACCUGAGUGGUGGUCAGAGGCUCAGCAUGGGGGGAGGAGGAGGAGGAGGAGGAGGAGGGUACCGGUACCGCGAUAACAUGAGCCUGAGUGGGGGCUACCAGGGGGGAGGGGGCUACCAGGUUGGAGGAGGAGGGGCCAUGAGGCAACAGAUGUCCACCGUGAACCGGGCGAUGAGCCGUGACACCGGCCCAGACCUAGAGACCAUGUCCCUGCGUUCCGUUAGGCUCCAGAACAUGCCCGCUCAGCCAUCCCCAGUGGCAGCCUGGGUGGAUGCGGAUGGCAGUGAUGUGGUCAGCCUCGUCUCGGACCAUGAUGCCACAUUCAACCGCCAGCAGUCUGUCUACAGCACCGUCAAUGGAGGAGCCUACAGCUCUGGGACCCAGAUGAGACAGGCAGGAGGAGGAGGGUCCAUGGCCUACCAAGCCCCCAUGAGGAUGGGGGGAGAGGAGAUGAUGAUGGUCCAGCAGCAGCAUUCCUUUAAAGGGCCAGCGUACCGCACCAUCAGCAGGAUCAACAACAGGAACAACAGGAUGUCCGUGGGCUCCAUGUCUGGGGCUUCUACCCUGCCCCCUGGGGGAAGUAGCUACGGCGGUGGAGGGGGAAGCUUCGUCAUGUCCAGGGCUUCCACCCUCCCCCAAGGGGGGAGCAGCUACGGCGGUGGAGGAGGCGGUGGAGGAGGAUUCAUGAUGGGUCAGAUGUCGUCUGGGUCUCAGGGGAAUCUGAUGAUGAUGCAGCAGCACAGACAGACCACUCUGCCCAGGACCAUGUCUAUCAAGAGCAUGCACAGUGUUGGGAAGGGCAUGGAUAUCUACGACGGGCAGAUGGACAUGACAGGCAGCAUGGGAAACCUCAGCAGGAUCAAUAACAUGGACAUGGCUACGGCGGUGAGGUACCUGGCAGAGGGGGAUGCUGAGUUGCAGGUUCUGGGAGCAGCUUUUAUCCAACAUGAGUGUUACAACGACACUGAGGCCAAGAAAGAGGUGUACCGCUGUAAGGGCAUUCCUGAGCUGGUGAGGCUGUUCAACAGUGAGAACCAGGAGGUGGCUCGCUACGCCACGGGCGCCACGAGGAACCUCAUCUACGAGAACAUGGACAACAAGGUGGCCCUUAUCGAGGGGGGAGGGAUCCCACAACUCAUAGAGGCUCUGAAGGUGAAUGACGACGAGCUACGCAAGAACAUCACAGGUAUUCUGUGGAACCUGUCAUCCAAAGACAACCUGAAGGAGAAACUAGCCAAGGAGACGCUAGGUGAGCUCACAGAGAGGAUCCUGAUCCCGCUCUCAGGAAGUGGAGACUCUGAGGUCAUCCAGCAGAGCCCCUCUGAGGUUGACAUCUUCUACAACACCACCGGAUGUCUCAGGAACCUGAGCUCAGUGAAUGAGAAGACCAGACGGCAGAUGCGGGAGACCAACGGUCUGGUGGAUGCCCUGGUAGGAUACAUCCAGGCCUCGAUACAGGACGGCAAGGUGGAGGAAAAGGGAGUGGAGAAUGCAGUGUGUGUUAUGAGGAACCUCUCCUAUCAGCUGUACAGUGAGAUGCCGCCCUCGGCCAUGCUACGUCUGGAAGGACCAACCAGAGGCCAGGACACCAGCAGGAGUGAAGCCAUUGGUUGCUUCACACCUCAGAGCAAGAAAGUAAAAAAUAAGAUGAACCAGGACCUGGUUACAUUCACCGAGGUGGCCCGCGUGCCCAAGGGUCUGGAGUGGCUGUGGCACCCCCAGGUGGUGGGGUUGUAUAACCGCGUGCUGCAGGGCUGUGAGUUCAACUUCACCACCCGCGAGGCUGCAGCCGGGGCGCUGCAGAACAUCACAGCUGGAGACAAGAGAUGGGCGGGGGUGCUGAGUCGUGUGGCUCUCGAGCAAGAGAGGAUGCUUCCUGUGAUGUUGGACAAACUGAGGACCAAUAAUGACCUGGAGCUGCGAUCCCUCACAGGUUUCCUCAGAAACCUGUCACGCCAUGCCAAGGACAAGAACGCCAUGGCAACCAAGACAGUGAACAACCUGGUGGACAAGCUCCCUGUUGACGGUCAGCAGAAGGAGCCGUCCAGCGACGUGGUGGUCAACAUCUGUGGAGCGUUGAACAACAUGGUGACCUGCAGCGCCGUUGCAGCCCGGGACAUCACUUUCUUUGACGGGCUGCAAAAACUGGUGGCCAUCAAGAACUCCAACGACAGCAGCCCGGGGAAGCUGAAAGCAGCCAAAGCAGCAGCCACAGUCCUCUGCAACAUGUUCCAAUACAAGAAGCUGCACAAGGACUACAAACAGAAAGGGUUCACACGACCAGACUUUGCAGACAUGACAAUCUAAAAAAAGGAACAGAUACAAUGUCUCUCGCUCUCCUUCUACCAAGCGGCUGGAAACGUAUCUGAACACUUCAGUGGUCAAAGACUGGUCUGUACAACUGAAAACAUUGCUCCUUGGGCUACUUCCUACUUACGCACACAUGGAGUUGGAUGAACUAUACUACAGUGCAAGUGACAACAAAGACGGAACCUGUUUAGGGAUGACCUUAAUGGUGGACUAUGAUGAUAACGGACCCCCUUUUCCUUAUGCGCUUGAAUACCGUAUGUAUUCAAUGCUAUAUGUUGAAUGUAAUGUAUGUAUUCAAUGCUAUAUGUUGAAUUUAAUAUAUGUAUUCAAUGCUAUAUGUUGAAUUUAAUAUAUAUUCAAUGCAAUAUGUUGAAUUUAAUAUGAUAGUUAUUCAAUGCUAUAUGUUAAAUUCUAUAUAUAUUCAAUGCAAUAUGUUGAAUUUAAUAUGAUAGUUAUUCAAUGCUAUAUGUUGAAUGCUGUAUGUUCUAUAUGGUGGACAAAUAACUUCUUUGUGUCCAUCAUUAGACUAUGAGACCAUUCUUAUCUCCAUUUACAAUAUGAAAAAAUAAUCAACAACUAUUUUUACAAUGUGCUUUUUAACUGUUAACUGCAGGUCGAAUACAUCUGCAUCAUUUGUAACUAAUAAAGCUGACGUCAAUGAA